AUGCAGCUGGAGAAAAAGCGUACGGCCCUUGUUGUUACAGACAUCCAGAAUGAAUUUUUAGUCGAAACUGGAAGCUAUUAUCCAAUGAUUGCGGACAAGUUGAAAGAGCUCAACGUCUUUGAUCAUAUCGAGGACCUAUUGAAGUGCGCGAAAGAAAACGAUUAUUAUGUUAUUCACUCGCCUCAUUACUAUUAUCCAUCUGAUCUUCAGUGGGUUGCUCCAAACAAUGCAAUUACAGACUACCUCGUAAAGCUCCCCGCAGGCUUUGUUGGUCGGAAAGACCCCGUCGAUUUGGAAGGCUUCCAUGGCUCAGGUGCCGACUACCCAGAGCGACUGAAGAAAUACCUUAUGGAUGGAAAGACAGCAAACACAUCUCCUCAUAAAGGCUUAUCGUGUCUUUCAAAUGAUUUGAUUAGGCAGCUGCGUAUGCGACGGAUUGAGAAGGUUAUCAUGGCAGGCCCUGUGGGAAAUCUGUGUCUGGAGAAUCAUAUGCGCGACAUUGUCGAGGCCGGCUUCGAGGUUGCGAUGGUACGUGAUGCCAUUGCCGCUGGUCAAAAUGAUGAGGGAGAUGCCUAUCAAGCUGCAAUGGUGAAUUUCCGUUUCAUUGCAAACGCGAUUUGGACUACAGAAGACACUGUUAAGCGAAUGAAGGCGGCGGCGGAGGCGGACAAGCAGUAA